CAGGAUGUUUAGUUCCCAGAGAACAACCAUGUCACAGAAUGCGAUGAAGAGAGACAAUUUGUUUGGAUUAAUACGAUAUGUUUAAUCAAAUUUCUUUUUUGACAUUACUAAGUAUUUUAUUACAUUCUGGUCAGUGCUUUAGAUAUGAGAGGAAUAUAGAAAGGAAAUUAUGCAAAACCCAGUGCAAAGCACUAUGCAUGGACAACAAGGAAGCCUGUGCUACAUUUUGUUUACCUCAAAACCUGUACAGAUUUUGGAUAGCGAAUUGUGAUGAGCCUUUUGUGAAUUGUAUUGGAACUUGUCAAGUACUAGCACCAAGAAACAGAAUCGUUAACAUAUAUAGCUCAAAAAUUACAGACUUUCCGGAUGAUUCUAGUUUGUAUCCACCUAUUCCGACUUUACAUCUAUCAAGUAUACAAGGUGACACAAUCAUGCUGACAUGGGAUCUACCAAACGAUGUUCAUAAAGUAUGUCAUGUCAUACAGAUAAAAUCAGAGAACACCGAAUGGCAAAUAUUAGUAUCAGAGCUAGAUGAUAACCAUUAUAACGUUACAGUCCCUGACAUAUGUUUAUAUCAGUUUAGAAUCAUGACCAUAAAUCAGUUUGGAUCAAAUGGAUAUUCCUCGUCUGUAAGCGUAAAAGAUAUACCAUUAGAACCUAUUCAUAACAUAACCUUUGUUGGUAAUUAUGGUUUAUACUAUCAUGAAGCAACAGGAGAAUUCAUGGGUGUAAUUGAGUGGGACGAUAUCUCAGGUUUGGACGAGAAAAUAGUGGACCAGUAUAAUUGGAAUGAUAUGUCCUAUGUUAAGUGCCCUAGAGUUAGCCAAAACAUGCAGCCCUAUUUUUCCAAGUUCAGUGCAAAACAUGGUAGAAAGUACAUUAUAAUGAGAGUGAGCAGAGAUGCAUACGGAUGUAUUUUCACUACACAGGUGAAAGCGAAGUCUGUAUGUAAUGAUACUGGAGGCUGGACGAAUUUCACCAUUGAUUUGUCAGAUUGUAACAACAUUUACAAUUUUCCAUGUUCAACGACUGAUCCUAAUUUUUCCGCACCAGGAAAUGUGAGAGGUGUAAAGAUAAGUGUGGAUCGGGGUCAGGAUCCGCCUCUCAUUAGGCUGUCCUGGUUACCACCAAGAGAUUUAGGAACCGCAGGAAAAGUAGAUCAUUAUGAUAUUAGAUGGGGAAGAAUUACUCACAAAAAUAAAUCUUCUGAACCAGAUUUCUUCUUACAACAACCAGAUUUUGACUCUGUGCCAAAUAUAACUCGUCUUUCAGCAACUUCCAAAGAAUUCACAGUAGCCGUUACAUAUGCUGAUUUGAUUUCAACUCUGUAUGAAUAUGGUUUUCAGAUAAUAUCUGUUGCACCAAAUCAAAUGCUAACAGAGUCGGAGUAUGGACUUUUUGAGAUAUACAGAAUACAGUCGUCAAGAAAUGGACACACUAUACACGGUACUAUUUUAAUGGAUGGAGAUGGUGUCCAAGUUGUGCAGGUUAACAAUUCGUUAGAUGUUGAACUUGCCUGGCAUUUAAAUCGGCAUGUGCGAUCUGAUCAAAAUUUAGAGGACAUAUUUAAUGAAAAAUACGCCAUAAAGCUUAUGGAAUGGAAAGAAAAAGGACAUGGUAAUAGGAAUGAGAAGUUCUUUUUAACCGACGCAGCGAACGCCUAUACUAGGAUGCAUAUGAAACACGCUGGAGAUUAUUGCGUCCAGAUAAUGGGACUUCAGAAUGAAACUUCACCUGUAAAUGAUAAAUGGAAUGAAAUCAAAUUUUACUGCUUUUCCGUCAAAGAACUGGAAUUCUAUGAAGAUGAACAUGCAUUUAGUGCUGCUCUGCAAAUCAUUCUUCCAGUAUUAAUCACUAUAACAAUACCAACAGCACUGAUUACGUUCCGAUGGAUAAAGAGUGUACAUAAGUUGAGAAAGAAAUUGAAAAUGGAAUACAGACUUGGAGACCUAACGAUGGACUUUCAUAAUGAUUAUGCUAAUAUGGAUACACACCCACUUACAUCUCAUUACUAUAAAAGAGAAUCAAGAAGUUUAAAUCUGCAGCCCACCGUAGUACCUGAUAAAUGGGAACUUCCUGUCAAGUGUUUAGUGGUUGGACGACUCUUGGGUUCUGGUGCAUUCGGGCAGGUACUAAAAGGUCGAGUUAGCAAAAAUAUGAUCCUUCAUAGAAACCUGCCAAUUCCAAGAGGAUCAGACAUAAGCGGGACAUUCAUUUCCGUAGCAGUGAAAAUGCUCAAAGAUCAUGCAGAUGUAUUACUCAAACAGGAUUUUUUGAAAGAAAUAGCACUGAUGAAAAUCAUUGGCAAACAUGCCAACAUAGUCUGCAUGCUUGGUUGCUGCACACUUCAAGAUCCUGUUUGCUUGGUUGUAGAGCAUUUACCUCACGGUGACCUCAAAACGUACCUCAGUAAGAUGAGACAAACUGUAGAAAUGAGAGAAGAGGAAGUGUACUAUGUAAAUAGAGAUGUAGACUUGCCUAAUCCGGCAGAUUUAUUAUCCUUUGGAAGACAGAUUGCCGUCGGAAUGGAGUUUUUAUCAAGUAAAGGUUUUGUGCACAGAGAUUUGGCAGCAAGAAAUGUUCUGGUUGGAAAUGACAAAAUCAUCAAAAUUGGAGACUUUGGUUUGACUCGUUUUGUGUACAACGAUAAAGUUUAUAUCAAUAGAAAUGGAGGAAAGUUUCCGCUAAAGUGGAUGGCAAUUGAGUCUAUAGAAUUCCUGAGAUUUUCGGCCCAGAGUGAUGUGUGGUCAUUUGGAAUUGUGCUAUUUGAGAUAGUAACACUUGGUGGAACACCAUAUUCAACCAUAGAUCCAACAGACCUUUUGGAAUUCCUAAAGAAUGGAAGGCGGAUUGAACGUCCUGAAAAUUGUUCGGAAGAACUAUACAAAAUAAUGAUGUUAUGUUGGGAACAGUUUCCCGUCAAUAGACCGACGUUUUCUGCACUGAAGGAAAUGCUAGAGUCCAUGAUGUUAGAUUCCUGUGGAGUUGAAUACUUUAAUUUUGGUAUCAACGAAUCAAAAUACUACCAAAAUAUUGAAAAGGAUGAGAUUGCAGUCAAUGUACUCGUCGAAAAUAACGUAAUCGAGUCAAAUUCCUCCGGACUGUUGAAUGAGGAAAGCGAAAGACAACAAAAUGCAUCAACAAACGAUAUGAUGGAAUAUGGCGAAAAAAAUAAAGACAAUACUGAAGUAUUAGAGUUGGAAAAUACCGCCGACAGAUUCAGUUGUUUCAGUACAGGAAAUGAAAACGAGGUUUCGUUAAACUCUUUCAAUGAAGGAAAUGGGAACAUAUCAGAGGACAAAAUGUGUUUACAGAGUAUUGAUAAACACCCAAUUGAAAACCAAUUAAAAUCUUUUAAUUCCGAUGUUGGAACUGACCAAAAAGAUAAUAUUCUAUCUGCAUACGAAAGGGAACCAGGUUCAACAAUGGAGGCCAAUACAAAUAGCACUUGGUUUAAUUUAGAUGUUAUCAAAAGUUUGGAAUCAGAUGAGUACGACUAUGAAGCGGAUGACAGUUCACUAAGCGAAACUAGUCCAUCUACUGGAUGCCAGCAAGUGUUUUUCUCUUCAUCGAACGAAGAAGAUGAAAUAUUAAGUUUUCCAAAACUGUUUUCAGCCAAAAGAUAUCCACAAGAAAAGCAUCCACGAUUUAAAACCAAGCUUACGCAAAAAAGCGUUCAUCAGAGGGCUUGCAGACAGCUAAGUAAUGUGACUGAUUCAGGUAUAUCAACAUCUAGCUAUUCAGAAUCGCUAUAAAGAAAUAAAAAUAUC